AUGACACCCCUCAAACUACCACGACUCCUCUCAGCGGCUCGACCGCGACUUCAUCCGCCGCCGCAUUUUCAAUCCCCAUCCCCCACCACAAAACGCUUCCUCGGCAUCCCACCCGCCUUCCUACUAGACGACUACAUCCCGCGCUACCAGCUGCUCUCCUCCGUCGACGCGGCGAAGAAACGCUCCCGCGCCUAUGCCCAUUUGUCGAACUGCAACCUCUGCCCCCGCCGCUGCGGAGUUAACCGCUUCGAGGAAACAGGCGUGUGUCUGAUCGGCGCCGAAACCGCAAAAGUGAAUGUUAUCGCGCCGCAUCGCGGCGAGGAGCCCUGCAUCCAGGGUUUCCACGGGAGCGGCUCGGACAUCUCGCACCAGCGCAACGGCUUCGACCUCACGCCGGAGGAGCUAGCAGACUGGUACCUGAAGCUGCAGACAGUCGGCAACGUGCACAACAUCAACCUGGUGACGCCGGAGCACGUCGUGCCGCAGGUGGCGCUGUCGAUCCUGGCGGCGCGCGACAUGGGGCUCAAGAUCCCGAUCGUGUACAACACGUCGUCGUACGAUUCGCUCGACUCGCUGGAGCUCCUCGACGGGCUGGUCGACAUCUACCUGGCUGAUUUCAAGGUGUGGACGCCCGCCGCGUCGCGCCGGUUGCUCAAGGCGGACGACUACGCCGAGACGGCGCGCGAGAGCGUCGCGGCCAUGCAUGCGCAGGUCGGCGAUUUGUGCUUUACAUCGGAUGGGAUCGCAAAGAAGGGCGUGUUGUUGCGACAUCUGGUUAUGCCCGGGAAGGAGGACGAGGGGCGCGAGAUUAUGCGCUGGCUGGCGGAGAAUGUCUCGCGCGAUCUGUAUGUGCAUAUCAUGGAGCAGUAUCAUCCUGAUGCGCAUGUUGGGAAGAAGAAGCGCGGUGCGAAGGAGGGAGACGGUGAGACGGUGCGCUAUGCGGAUAUCAAUCGCGCUGUGAAUGAUCGGGAGUUGGGGUCGGUCAAGGAGGCCGCCGUGCAGGCUGGCUUGUGGAGGUUUUGUGAGCCCAACGAAGGCAUGUUUCAUUUGUAG